GCGCAAGUCAUCGCCGCGUUCUGACUGUUUGCCUUGCCUCCUGACCGGAGAGUAGGCUACGUAAGGCCACGGCGACAGUGCAAACAACCGAAACAGAAUGUCGGAAUAUGGUGGUGUGCCACCACCGGGAAUUAGUGUUUCUCUCGGCGGACAAGCUUCGAUUGGAAAUGGUGGAGGAAUCAAGAAAGAUGCCUUUGCAGAUGCGGUGCAGCGGGCCCGGCAGAUAGCUGCAAAGAUCGGGGGCGACGCGGGAGGGCCGCCCAUGCUGAGCCCCAGCUCAGGAGACGCUCCCUCAGGCUUCCCCUUCUCCACGGCGCAGAAGAGGCAGCUGGAGGAUGCCGACCAACCAGAAAGCAAGAAAAUGGCACCGCAAUGUGAUCGAGACCCAGCCACAGCUCUGGCCAUUGGGGCUCAGUUGGCAGCUCUUGCCCAGCAAAGCAGACCUGCCUCCGCCACAGAGGAGUACAGUGUACCAGACAGCAUGGUGGGACUCAUAAUUGGACGUGGUGGUGAGCAGAUUAAUAAGAUCCAGCAGGACUCUGGCUGCAAAGUGCAGAUAGCUUCAGACAGUGGAGGUCUGCCCGAGAGGAGUGUUUCCCUCACAGGAUCACCAGACGCCAUACAGAAAGCCAAGAUGCUGCUGGAUGACAUUGUGUCGCGGGGUCGAGGCACUCCUCCAGCCCCCUUCCAGGACUCGGGCAGCAACGGACAGAACGGCUCUGUGCAGGAGAUGACCAUCCCCGCCGGCAAGGCCGGACUCAUCAUCGGCAAGAAGGGAGAGACCAUCAAACAACUACAGGAGCGCGCGGGCGUGAAGAUGAUCCUGAUCCAAGAUGGCUCCCAGGGCCCCAACGUGGACAAGCCGCUGCGCAUUAUCGGGGAGCCGUUCAAAGUCCAGCAAGCCAAGGAGAUGGUGCUGGAGAUCCUGAGAGAGAGGGACCAGCCGGGCUACGGAGACCGCAACGACUAUGGCUCCCGCAUGGGGGGAGGAGGAGGAGGAGGAGGUGGUGGUGGUGGUGGUGGUGGUGGAGGCAUAGAUAUUCCAGUCCCUCGGCACUCUGUGGGGGUGGUGAUUGGCCGCAAUGGCGAAAUGAUCAAGAAGAUACAGAGUGAUGCCAGCGUCCGAAUACAGUUCAAACCAGAUGAUGGCACAGGUCCAGAUAAGAUCGCCCACAUCAUGGGCCCUCCAGAGUGCUGUGACCACGCUGCACGCAUCAUCAAUGACCUGGUGCAGAGCGUCCGGGUGCGAGACGAAGGUCACGGGGGUCCCCCAGGUCCUCCAGGCAUGCCCCCGGGCGGGGGUGGUGGCAGGGACCGGGGUCCGGGUGGUGGUGGUGGUGGCUGGGGUGGACCUCCAGGCGGGGAGAUGGCCUUCUCCGUGCCGGCCCACAAGUGUGGCCUAGUGAUCGGGCGCGGCGGUGAGAACGUGAAGGCCAUCAACCAGCAGACCGGAGCCUUUGUGGAGAUCUCCAACCAGCCCCCGCCCAACGGGGACCCCAACUUCAAGGUGUUCAUCAUCCGGGGCUCCCCCCAGCAGAUUGACCACGCCAAGCAGCUCAUCGAGGACAAGAUAGAGGGUCCCCUGUGUCCUCUGGGCCCGGGUAUGGGUGGUCCAGGCCCCUCCCCACCCAUGGGUCCCUACAACCCCAGUCCCUACAACCCUGGCCCUCCAGGGGCCCCCGGCCCACCUGGCGGUCCACCCCCUCCCUACCAGUACCCUUCCCAAGGCUGGAGCGGUGGCUACCAACAGUGGCAGGUUCCUGGGCCCCAUGACCCCAAUAAAGGCGGUGCGGGCGAUCCCAAUGCGGCGUGGGCAGCCUACUACUCGCAGUACUACCAGCAGCCACCGGGGGGAGUGCCUGCCCAGUCUCCCGGCACCAACCCUGGCUCUACUGCUCCCCCUCCAGCCCCGGCCCCAGCAGAGCAGCCCCAACCCCAGCAGCCCCAGCAGCAGCAGCCUCAGCAGCAGGGGAGCCAGGCCCCCGGCACCCAGCCAGACUACACCAAAGCCUGGGAGGAAUACUACAAGAAGAUGGCUCAAGCUGGAGGUUCGUCUCAGCAGUCGUCUGCGUCGGGCCAGACGGACUACAGUGCGGCGUGGGCCGAGUACUACAGGCAGCAGGCCUCCUACAGCAGCCAGGCCCCAGGACAGACACCCAGCCAGCCACCAGGCCCACCGCAGGGGCAGCAGAACCAGUGAGGUGCUGAGCCGGUGGAAAGUAAAGGAAGUCCAGAGAGGUGAGAGUGGAGAGCUGAGCUGUGCCACGCUGCGCUGGGCUGUGCUGGGCUGGG